AGGUGAUAGUCCUAUUCUGUCAGCUAUGGAGCUUUUGAAAGUGUAUAAUUAGAUAAUUGUAUUUUUACAAUGAAGGAAUUAUUGUUAGACACAAGGGUCCCAGGGCUUGUGGGCCUAGGGAAUAACCCUCUCCACAGUGACUCCUUUGAGUUCUCAUACCAGGUGUACCUUUUUGUUUUCAUCACAGACCCGUGUCUUAUUUUGUUUUGUUUUGUUUUGUUUUUUACAAAAACUGAAUUUGUUGAAAUGUGUUCUACAGUUUUUGUUUUUUCCUGCUCUCUUCCCCCACCUGUAGCUUGGGUUUGUUUUUGUUUUUUUUUUAACUUAAUAUUUCUUAGGCACUUUCCCUGUCAGUAUAUAUUGAUCAAACUCAUUUUUUUUUUUUUUUUUGUUAUUUAAAACUUUUAUUUUUAUUUUUGUAAGUAAACCCAACGUGGGGCUUGAACUCAUGACCCCAAGACCAAUCCUAUGCUCUACCACUUGAGCCAGCCAGCCACCCCAGGUCAGACUCAUUUGUAAUAGUUGCAUAAUCUACUGGAGUAUAAACAUUGUAACUAUUUCCCUAUUAGAAGAUAUGUUUGUUUCUAGUUUUUCACUAUUCCAAGGGAGGAGUGAGUUUAGGGGAGAGGGGGGAAAAGUAGGUCCUCAAGUUGAGAGAGACCAGAAACCUGGGUUGUUUUCCAACUUUAUUCUAACUUGUGACCUCCAACAAAUCUCAUUUCUUCUUUCAGAAGUAUCUGACCCUGUCAAAGAAGUUUUGGAUCAAAAGAUCAAAACACCAGUGAAUGUGGGUGUUCUCUGGGGUCUGCUGCGACCAGCCGGCCACACAGUCUCUACCAAAUGUCCUUUCAGCAAUGGAACUGCUUCUCUCUGUGUGGCCUGUGGACUUCCCGGACACUAUUCUGCUCCUGGAGAUUCGCCCUUCCCACCAGAGCACCACCAGUCUCUCUCCCUCUCCCCCCUGCGUGGUUCAUUCUCCCGCGCUUCGGUGUCCGAGACCUGAGAGCUGCCCGGCGCCCAGCUCUGCUCCGAGAGAGAUGGAGGAGCCGGGGUCCCGUGAAGAGGUCAUGGAAGAAGUGACAUCGUGCUCCUUCAGCAGCCCUCUGUUCCAGCAGGAAGACAAGAGAGGGAUCACCUACCGGAUCCCAGCCCUGCUCUACAUCCCCCCCACCCACACCUUCCUGGCCUUUGCAGAGAAGCGCUCCACGAGCAGGGAUGAGGAUGCUCUCCACCUGGUGCUGAGGCGAGGGUUGAGGACUGGGCACUCGGUACAGUGGGGACCUUUGAAGCCACUGAUGGAAGCCACAUUACCUGGGCAUCGGACCAUGAACCCCUGUCCUGUGUGGGAGCAGAAAAGCGGCUGUGUAUACCUAUUCUUCAUCUGUGUGCGAGGCCAUGUCACCGAGCGUCAGCAGGUCAUGUCAGGCAGGAAUGCAGCCCGCCUCUGCUUCAUCUGCAGUCGAGACACUGGCUGUUCAUGGAGCGAGGUGAGGGACUUGACUGAAGAGGUUAUUGGUGCAGAGGUGAAGCGUUGGGCCACAUUCGCUGUGGGCCCAGGUCAUGGCAUCCAGCUACAGUCGGGGAGGCUGGUCAUCCCUGCAUAUGCCUACUACAUCCCUUACUGGUUCUUUUGCUUCCGGCUACCAUGUAAAGCCAAGCCUCAUUCCCUGAUGAUCUACAGUGAUGACCUAGGGGCCACAUGGCACCACGGCAGGCUCAUUCAGCCCAUGGCAACAGUGGAGUGCGAAGUGGCAGAGGUGACUGGGAGGGGUGGCAACCCCGUGCUGUAUUGCAGUGCCCGGACACCAAACAGGUGCCGGGCGGAGGCUUUCAGCGAUGACCGUGGUGAAUGCUUUCAGAGACUAGCCCUGAGCCGACAGCUCUGUGAGCCCCCACAUGGCUGUCAAGGCAGUGUGGUGAGUUUCCGGCCCCCGGAGAUCUUACGUGGGUGCCAGGACCCUAAUGGCAAAGAUGCUUCUACCAUUCAGCAGAGCCCUCUACUGGACAGAUCACUAAGGCUAGAGCAAGAAGCUGGAACACUGUCUGAAUCAUGGCUCUUGUACUCACACCCAACCUGUAAGAAGCGGAGGGUCAACUUAGGCAUCUACCUCAAUCAGACCCCCUUGGAUGCUGCCUGCUGGUCCCACCCCUGGAUCUUGCACUGUGGGCCCUGUGGCUACUCUGAUUUGGCUGCUUUGGAAAAGGAGGGCUUGUUUGGGUGUCUGUUUGAAUGUGGGACCAAGCGAGAGUGUGAGCAGAUUGCCUUCCGCCUGUUUACAGACCGAGAGAUCCUGAGCCAUGUGCAUGGGGACUUCACCAGCCCUGAUAAGAACCCUGAGCCAAUUGAAAGCUAAAAACUGACUUAGGACCCAAUUUUCCAUGGAAAGGAAACCACAGAAGGCAACCACAGCCAGGAUAAUGGAGGCCAGGUUAACAGAAGUUAUUGAAGCCUACAGAGAAUCCAAAAACUUAAUCUUGUGCUCCCUACCUUUUUUCCUUCUCCUCCAAGGAGCAAAAUGAAAAUUUUUCCAGAGCUACUACAGUGGAAAGAACUAUGAGUUGGGAAACCAUGAUGUGGUCCUGGUUGUGCCACUGGCUUGCUGAGGGAUGUUGAACAUAUCACCUGAACUCUCUGGGCGUCAGGUCUCCAUUUGUAAAAUGAGAGGAUUGGUUCUGGGAUUUUUCUUCUUCUCAUUUCUAGGAAAGACAGAGUGUCUGCAUGCUCCAUGAUCAGCAAAUGCUGGCUCCGUAGCAGACUCUGAUCUCAAAAGGGAAGUCAGAGGACUCAUCAUUUCCAAUGACUCACCACUCAUCCAGGUGUGAGGCUACAAGCAGGUGUUCUGGCACGAAGGAAGAUCUGGAUGUUUUGUUCUGUUCUUAAUAACAAACACACACACACACACACACCCUUUUAAUCAUAUUUAGAACUCUAUAGGUUCUCUGUCCUAGAGGAAUUGGGCAAAACAGUAGGAUCAUGAGGUCACCUACCUUCUCCAGCUUUGCAGCUGUGUUCAAUCUUCCUUCCUUAUCUGGAAUGCUUACUCCCUAAGGAGAAAAUGAGAAGCUCCAUGCCAGUGGCCCUUGAUAAUGGCACAUAUUUUUUUUUAUUUAUUUUUUUAACAUUUAUUUAUUAUUGAGACACACACACACACACACACACACACACACACACACACACACACACACAGAGCAUGAGCAGGGAAGGAGCAGAGAGAGAGGGAGACACAGAAUCUGAAGCAGGCUUCAGGCUCUGAGCUGUCAGCACAGAGCCCAACGCGGGGCUCAAACUCACAAACUGUGAGAUCAUGACCUGAGCCAAAGUCAGUUAUUCAACGAACUGAGCCACCCAGGUGCACAUAUUGUUUCUGAUGGCAUUACUUUUAUGGAAGAUGAACCUGAAGUUCAUUUACUAGGAUGGUUCCUGCUGAGAAAAGGACAUGGAUUAGGACUUUACAGCAUUGGACAGAACUUCCCAUGGUCUCUGCCCUCAAGGAGCUCACAGUUUAUGGGGCUAGAAGUGGGAGAAAAUUCAAGAAGAUCAAUGCAGCUAGUUUGUAGAUGUUGGGCUUUAAGUUGAGGUGAUGGUAGCUCUUGAUGUCAUUGUCUUAGUUGCAUCUUCAUUGUGCUUGGAGUCAUCUGCCCCAGGGCUUGACCAGGCUUCUGGGUUUCCCCCAGGCCCAUUUUUCUCAGAAUGUUGUUCUGGCCUAGCCACUUCUUUACCCAUGGAGGAUGUCUUUAGGAAGACCAUUAGGAAGGUCUCUGGACCUCAGACCUCUGAAUCAGGCCUGUUUUUUUGGACCUGCUACAAAUACUGUUUGUGGAGUAGGGCUGCCUCUUUGAUAGGUUUGGGGCUAAACUUUGCCAGUGGUGGGUCUCUCAGAUGAUACCAGAUUGGUUGUUCUUAUUUUAGAUUCUUUCCCAAUAGCCUAUUAUUGUAACAGAAAUUCUAUCAUGAGACACUUGGUUUUCCUCCCUAUUUUAGGAGAAAAAUACCUUGUAUCAGAGAACUAUAUUUGGUGCUGAGUAAUGGCCCAGAGAGCAAGUGUUAGUCUUGGAGCAUAGCCUAGGAGGCUAGGGGUUGGCGGUUGCCCCAGUCCUAUGGGGAAGAGUCGUGCAGGAUGAAAGCAGAGAUUAACUUCACCUACUCCUGCAUAUGGCUUAAGUCCAUUGCUUAGAGUGACUUCUUAAAAUUCCCUUAGCCUCUCAGCCAUUUGUCAAAGUUAUUCUCCCAGCACACAGUUAUGAUCAUUCAUUCACUCAUUUGUACAUUUACCUAAAUAUUCUUGAGAGCCUUGCAUAAUGUAAGGUGCUUCCUAUUGACAUUCCCUGGUUGAAAAUUAUUUGUGGCUCUUCAUCGCCUGCUAAAGGGUGUCUACAUUUUGUCUGGCAUGUAGGGCUGCCAGUUGUUGGGUGGGGUAAUGAAUACUUAUCUCUCCUUCAUAUGAAUCCCACUGUCAGAGAAGACCUCUGUCGAGAUGGCAGUGGAGGGGGUGACAGAGCUGCUGGUAUAGGGAGGAGCUGGGGAAGGGCAACCCUCUCCUGAGUAGUAGAAACUUCCUGUUCUGCAAAGCUUUCCUGAACACCAUCCCCAAAUAGAUGGGAACAGGGGGGUGGCUCCGUUCUCCAACAAGAUCUAAGGGAUGGAGAAAAUGAAAAUAUCAAGACUUCUUUGGAACCAUCCAAGGAGGGACCUCAGUCACAUGCCAGUGUGGACCACAGCCGUCCAGUACCAGCACUCAUUAGAUGUCUUCUCCAUCUCUGAAUUGCCCUUCCCUUUCUCCUUCCCCUUUGCUUCAUGUUUGCUUCUCCUUAGUGAUUAGCAAUGAAACUAUUCAUAGGCAAAGGGCCUGUGUGUAUAUUUCAGGAAUAGCAAGAAAAGAGGGUUGGGUAAUCCGACAUUUGUAAUCCAAUUACAGAAGUAAUCCAGAAUGAGGAUUAGGGAGAGGAACAGAGUGGGCAAUGGUGGCUCUGAAGCAAAAGAGCAGCAGGGUAGGAGUCCUGGCACCUUAAGGAAGAGAGAGAAUGUGGCACAGAUAGAGACAGGCUGGAGAGAUGGUGUAGGUGGAGGCCUCUGUGAAGAAGAAAUGAUAACAGGCUGGAGCUGUUUCCAACACGUAUGGAAAGGGAAGGAGGCCUGCAUGGGCCCACAGUUUAGGCUACAGAUAAGUUCCUGCCCAGCCCUGUAACUUUAAGCUGGCUCAACUUGUCCAUGUUCCACGUGACUAACAAAAACAGCUGGAGGCACUCCAACUCUGUGCCAAUUACCCAAGCCUUCGGGGCCCUGGGUCCAAUGUCAUGAUACUGGUAUCCUAACUAAGCCCAUUUCUAGCCCUCUCAGGUUGGUAGAAUGAAAAAUAUUGGGCAGGUGAUGGCAGCUGUGAAGAAAAGAGGACAGCAGACUGGAGGCCUCUAAUCUAGAAGUGUGAAGAGAGGACUACACAGGCUGUGGUCCUUUGCCUAUAGAUGUUCCCCCCCGUCUUGGGACCCUUAGAAUGGAUCCAUCCAGCACACAUGGCCCAUGUCUGGGAGUGCAGGAAAGCAUAGGUAGGGACCUCCUGCUGCUGAUAUGUACCCAGAUCAUCUUCCGAUCCCUUCAACCUGCUGGUGCUGCUCAUGCUCCCCAAUCCUGAUGCCCUCACUCCUAGGCCACUAUUAUGUACUUCAGGCCCUCGUUAUUUGGAUGCUAUAUUUGGACCUGUUUCUCCUGGUCACCAGUCCCCCCUCGUAUCCAUGGGAUAUCAUGCAGCUGCAGCCACAGAUCAGAGACAUGGCACCCUGUCUGUUGGGUAACCCGAGGGACCCAUAGAGGUCAGCCUAAGGCUGCGCAGCCUCCUUUCCAGGGUAGUAGGAUUCAGUGCUUCCAUUUCAGCCAGAUUAGGCUGCUCAGGCUUCUUCAGUAGGCUGUGAGUUUUCCCUACUGCAUUAGUCAGUAGAUGUCAUGCCAUCCUCUCCUGUGCUGCCAGAGUGCACAGUGGAAGCCUCCCUUCGGUCAUCACCACAGCUUGCCAUGUAUUUCUGUUGUUGUGCCCUGUAGGCCUCUGCGAGGCUCUGAAUUCUUUGAGGGCCAAGGCUCUAUGAAUCCUCCCUCUGUCCUUUUUACCUUGAAUCACAAUGGUUGCUUUAUAAAUAUAUGCUUUUUCUAUUAUAUUCUGAAUUCCCUGAAGGUAAGGACUGUGUCCGAUUCUUCUCUCUGUCCUCUGCACCCGGCACGGGGCCUGUCACAGAGCCUGGCACAGAACAGACAGCAGUAAAGUUUCACUGAAGGAAUAAAUGAGUCAAAGAUCCUUGGCCUUCUGGAGCUAAGAGACAAGGCCAGUGCAAGCUCCCCCACAGGGAGAAGCAUACUGUAUCCCCUGUAGAUUGGAUAGUGUUCUAAACUUGCUGAGCACUCACUCUAAAUUAGUCUUCUCUAUGCUGGCUUGCUUCCAGGUCAGCCCAGAUGUCCCAGGAUGACAGCCUAAGACUGAAGCUAAGCCUUGACUUGGGGUUGUCAUUUCAGUGGUAUUUCCCUUCUGUCCCUGAUUGGAGUGUCUAUAACUUUCUGUCAGAGGGGGGUGCUCUGGUUCAGUGUGGUCUGAGUAUGUCUUGGCUCCGUGAUACCAAGUGCCAGAAGUGCCCUCCGUACCAUAGAAACUACCAGGACUCUGAAACAAAGAACAUGAAUAAAGAGCCUAAUUCCGA